AUGAUUCUUCUUUGCGGCAUUGUCUUCAAGUCUAAGAUCAUUGUGGAAGUUUUUCAUGGGGAUCUGGAUCAGUCUCGAAGUCGCGAAGAAAACUGGACUAUUGCCAUUGGCUGCGGACAUAAUGCGACCAUAUUCGAUAAUCGGUUAGACAACAGUCAAGCAGUGGUUUUCACUGGAUUUACAACGGUGUUCAACCUCUUCAUUCCCGGAUUCAUCCAAAGAAUUCUUACCAGAAUAAUGCGACAGUUCACCGUGACGAACCCAGGUCUGGUUCUUCCCUUCCAUAUUCCUUAUCAUAAGGAAAGAAUCACUCUCAUACGUCAAGGCUUCGCGAAUACUGACGACCGUGACGGUCAACAUCUUUUACGUUGGAUUGGGAACGACCUUUCAAAAUGCCCUGAGCUGCGUGCGCUCCAGGAACUGUGGCAGAGCAAAUUCAAAGGCCCUCCUGCAAAUGAACUUAAGAGGAGGCCAAUCAGGAAAGGAACUGGCAAAGAUGGUAUCUUUCGCAGGAUAAUAUCAUCAUACCAGGUCCUUCGGCUUGCGAGAAUCGUCGUGAAUUCAGGAUUGCAACGGAAUUGGUCAUACACUACCGAUAUCAUGGCUUAUAUUAACAUGGGCGCAAUCGAAGCAAUUAUGCAGUUUGGCUUGACAGGGUCCACGGGCGAUCUCGAAUCAUACCUGUUUGCUAUCUCACACUUUUCUCGGCAGAAGAACCAGCAUCGACCAGCACUGUACCACGAUCAUCAAUUCGGUGACAGCCGUAUCACCACUGUUCGCAUGCGUGCAAGAGACUUCGGAUGCGCGCUCUGCGGCGUCUACAUAGCAGCCGAAACGAGUGCUAUCAUCGCCUUGCUUGCGAAAGUUAGGGUAGAAUACUCAGUAAUUGACCUCAGCUUGGACGUUCUUGGCUCGACAUUGAUGACCUGGGUGCUUAUCUGCAGGAAGCGAUAA